GGAGAAUCAGCUACUAUCGACAUGUCUGACACUAUUGAUAUAAUAAUCAAAUCUGCUGAAAAGAAGUAUAAUAUUAGUGUUCCAUCGAGCACUCUGAUUUUGGAUUUCAAGAAACACAUUGAAACUAAAAGCUCGAUACCUUCCAAUCGCCAGCGUUUGAUUUAUUCCGGAAGAGUCUUGAAAGAUAAGGAGACUUUGGCGUUCUAUAAAGUGCAAUCUGGUCACACAAUCCAUCUUGUCAAAGGCGCUGCAAAACCUGCUCCAGGAAAUGCAAACACUCUGGCUAACAGUUCUAACCAGUCAACCUCAUCAACCCCCAAUUCAUCCACCAACAAUCCCAGUUCUAACAACAAUAUACCCUCUUCGACUAACAUGGCUACGGGCACCGGAGCUUUUAAUCCAUUGGCUGAUAUAACCGGCGCCAGAUUUGCAGGUUAUGGCCCACAAUUUUCGCCACAAAACAUUUUACAUCAAAUGAACUCAAUGGGUUUAUCAAAUGCAAGUGGGGAAAUGCCCUCUGAUGAACAAAUGGAAAGAACAAUGAAUAACCCAAUGUUUCAAGAAGGGAUGAGAUCAAUGCUCAGAGACCCUCAAAUGAUUGACUAUUUGAUUGAGCAAUCUCCACAACUAAGAGCAAUGGGUCCAAUGGUCAGACAAAUGUUGCAAUCCGAACAAUUUAGAGAAAUGAUGACUAACCCUCAAAUGAUGAGAAAUGCAAUGGAAAUGCAAAGAUCAAUGCAACCCGGUGGUGCUGGUCCCGGUCCCGUUAAUCCUUUUAGUUUCAAUUCACCAACUGCUCCAUCUCCAACAUCUGCUUUUCCUGCCCCAGGCGUACCUAGUUCUCAAACUAAUAGCGGCGAUUCCACAAUUGCCAAUGCUGGAAGUAAUACUACCACCAAUGAUAGCAAUAAUAAUAGUUCUACUACUACAGGCAGUAAUACCGCUAAUAGUGCCGCAAACCCCACAUUUCCACCAUUAUUUUCUCCAUGGGCAAUGUUUCCUCCUUUGAACUCAAACAAUCCUGCUAACCCAACUCCAAAUCCCGCGUCAAACCAGUUUAUGGAUCAAUUCUUAAGCAUGAUGCAACAGCAAGGUGCUAACCCAGCUACUGCUCCCCCAGUUGACACUAGGCCACCUGAAGAAAGAUAUGAAUCUCAGUUGCGUCAAUUGAACGACAUGGGGUUUUUCGAAUUUGAUAGAAACAUCGCUGCAUUAAGACGGAGUGGUGGAAGCGUUCAAGGUGCAGUAGAAUAUCUAUUGAAUGGAGAUGUCUAAAAUAAAAACUUCAUUAUUAUACAAAUUUUCUAGUUUUUUUCUAGUUUUUUUUUAUUUUUUUCAUUUUUUUCCAUUUU